UCGGAAAUGAGUCACCAGCCCUGAGCGAUAAGUGCACACAGUCAGCGGGCAGCGAUUUCUGAAGUGAAAAUGGGAUCGGAAGGCUCUAGCGGACGGUAAACGCGUACAGUUGAGAGUCGCAUCAUUUCAUCGCCCGACAGAAAUAUGGCACAGCUACCAGUCUACAAUCCGCCGUCGCCCUUUUUAGGUCAUCUGCCAACGGGGCUGGGACUGUAUCGGAAGAUUACCAUCCGCGGACGAAUGACCCACGAUAUGUUCAACAUUAAUCUUCAGAGUGGACCGAACGUGGACCCACGGGAUGAUGCCGCCCUGCACAUCAGCAUUCGGCCGCGCGAGGGGCUAAUCGUGCGGAAUAACUACCAGUUCCACAGCUGGGGGGUAGAGGAACGAUUCGGCGGUUGCCCGGUGCAGAAACGCUCCUACUUCGACAUCAGCAUUACGGUGAAGCCAGACAGCUACGGUAUCGCCGUGAAUGGGUGCCAUUUCUGUGACUUUAAUCAUCGUCUACCGUAUUUCUCGGUACGAUUCAUAUCAUGUGGUACCGGGGCUCAAGUGGAUGCAAUCAUUACAGAGUAGGGCGGUGACGGUGAUGACUGAUUGAUAAGAAAGAAGGAGCCUUCCUAUUUUUACAAUAUUACAA